UUACAUUCUAUUUCCAACCAAAUCUUAUAAAAAAAUAAUGCUCUUGUUUUUCUUCUUUCCGAAGAAACCUCCACCGCCUCAAGCUCAAUCCCUGUUCAAUAUUUUAAAUCCACCUCCCUACUAUUUCAUUUCUAAGUUAUAAUAACCCAAAGCGCUUUUAAAAAAAUAGAGACAAAAAAUCUAAUGCAAUUAUCAAUCUUCCGAUCAGGGGUCAAUAGAAUUCCAAAUUGCCCUAUUGGAAUUUUGAAUCUUAUCAACAUCUGUCUUCUACUUAUCGUUUCAAUUCCAACAAUUCAGGGUAUGAGAAUGCAUCCUCUCUCCUUGAAUCCAAAAAUUGGACGAAUUGAUUCUAAUUUUUCACAACAGCAACAACACGUUCCUAAUUCCGCAAUGAAGAAACUCCGGAGACUUCCUCACGUAUUUAACUACUUUUUGGAAUUGCCGUUCCGUUCUGAUGCAGAUGUGGCGGUCGAAGAGAAGGAAGGAUUCUUCCGUUUCGUGGCGAAAAUCGAACUAGGAGGAGCUUGGAAUGGACAAGUGAGAGCACAGGCAGUAGAGAUUUAUCCUGGGGUAACGAAGAUCGUUGUGAGAAAGGGAAAUGGAGACGGUGAUGACGAUGAAAAAUUGAAUGUGGAUACAUGGAGGUACAGGUUGCCUGCUUCGACUAUGCCGGAGAUGGCCACAGCGGUAUUUGUGGACGGUGAGCUUGUAGUGACGGUGCCCAAGGAUGACCAUGGCCAUGGAGAGUUUGAUAAUAGAGGUGUUUGGAGAGACGUUGACCAACUUGUUCUUGUACAAUAGUUAACUUUUUCAUAUUUGAUGUAUUAAUUACACAAACAAAUACUAUAUUGGAAUAUAUGUUUAUGACGAAA